AUGAUGAAUCAUCUUGAUUUUCCAUCUGAUAUUAGAAAACGUGUUGAACAAUUUUUAUCCUGCUGUGAUGGAAGAAGUAUUGGUUCGUAUACAGAGAGUCGUGGUCUGCUAUGUGUACGACAGGCUAUCAGCGAAUAUAUUCAAAAACGUGAUGGAGGAAUCAUAUCCGAUCCAAAUGACAUUUAUUUAUGUAAUGGUGCCAACGAUGCAAUCAAGACAGUGAUCAAAUUAUUAAUGAAUAAUGAUGUAAAUAAACCUAGUGGCAUUAUGAUACCCAUUCCACAAUACCCGCUGUAUUCCGCAACUUUAUCAGAAUAUGGAGCAUAUCAAAUAGGAUAUUAUUUAGACGAAGAUAAUAAUUGGGCCUUAAAUAUUGAUGAGUUAGAACGAGCAUUCUACGAAGCGAAAGAACAUUGUAUACCGAGAGGAAUUGUUGUAAUUAAUCCUGGUAAUCCAACUGGUCAAGUAUUAACACUUCGAAAUAUCGAAAAUAUUAUUCAAUUUGCUCAUAAACAUCGACUGUUUCUGAUAGCCGAUGAAGUCUAUCAAGAAAAUGUUUAUUUGCCUAGCUCAAAAUUUUAUUCAUUUAAAAAAGUGUUAAUAGAUUUAGGUUCACCGUAUAAUCGAAUGGAAUUAGCUUCAUUUCAUUCAGCAUCUAAAGGAUGGCAUGGAGAAUGCGGAUCAAGAGGUGGUUAUUAUGAAUUAAUAAAUAUCGAUAAAGAUGUGCGUAUACAACAAAAUAAAUUAGUAUCACCUUGUUGUUCUAGCGUAUGGGGUCAAGCAAUUAUAGGUGCCAUUAUCUGUCCACCGAAGGAAGGCGAAGAAUCAUAUGAAUUAUAUAUUAAAGAACGUACAGUAAUUGAUAAUCGUUUAAAAGAAAAAGCAAAAUUAGUCAGUGAUUUAUUUAAUUCUGUGGAAGGUGUACACUGUAAUACGGUGAUGGGGUAA